AUGUCGGUACACACGUUGCAUAAUAGACACAACAGUGGCAGCCUGGAAGUUUCUUCUUCCCAGAAGGCUUCAUCGUCGAGUGGCCUCACCCACAGCAGACAACUUAAACAGCCCUUGAAGUCAAAUACGUCAGAGUGUGAAAGUCAUGACCCAUCACUGAGUGCAGGAGACAAAGCCAGAGACAUAAAUAGCACUUAUGUUAUCUCUGCCUGUAAAAAAGCAAAAGAGAUCCCCGUUACCCCAGACCCCAAUAGACUGACCCUUCAGAGAAGGGCUACUUGGAACAAAGAAUCAUCUUUACUUGGUAAUGAGUUGGGAAACAUUGCUAGAAAAACAGCAGAGGCAAGUCUUAGGUUACAACGUUGUCACACUAAAACGGAUCUUGUGGAAAAGCGGGAAACGUCGAAUACUGUGGGAGUUAGCGCAGAAAAUAACUGUGAGUCACAGGAAACGAGGGCAGAGGCAAAGCCUGUAAACCCUGCAGUUUCUGUGAAAGACUCAGGUGACGCUGGAGUAAUGGUUUCCGCCUUCACCACCUCAAGUGAAAACAGGACAGUUAAGAACCCAAGCAGUAGAGCACUUGUUGGUUCCCAGUGUCAGGCUGAAGCUGUGAGGUCAGAACUCUUAGCGGUGAAACCGAUGGAGAGCAAGCUGGACAUCAAAGUGUCAGGAGCAGGAACCUCACACCACGGAAAUGCUGGGAAGGACGUUACAAAAAAUGUCAAUAAGUUUGGAAGCUUAGAAACAAAGACCCCCGUGAAAUGUGUUCCAGAACACAGAUGGACACCAAGGCAUGAGCUGCCUCCACCCAAAAGCCCAGCUAUAUCAACACUGAAAACCAGGAUAGCAAGCCCUCAGAGCAAACCACGGCCAAAAAGUUCUCUUCUGGCAAAUAAAAGGGAAAGAUCACAAGAAAGUACACUUCCUCCAGAAGACAAAACCACAGUUCAGAAUACCUUUGCAGAAACAGACUCCUUAAAAGUAGAAAACAGUCAAGUGACCGUGGCUGUCCGCGUAAGGCCUUUUAGCAAAAGAGAGAAGAUUGAGAAAGCAUGCCAAGUUGUCUUCACCAACGGUGAGGAAAUAACCGUGGAACAUCCCGAGAUGAAGCAAGUUUACAGUUUUAUUUACGACGUUUCGUUUUGGUCUUUUGAUGAAUGUCACCCUGACUAUGCUAGCCAGACAACUGUGUAUGAGACGUUGGCAGCGCCGCUUCUAGAAAGAGCUUUUGAAGGCUAUAACACCUGUCUCUUUGCCUAUGGUCAGACUGGCUCUGGAAAGUCCUAUACGAUGAUGGGACUUAAUGAAGAACCUGGAAUAAUUCCAAGAUUCUGUGAAGAUCUUUUUGCUCAAGUAGCCAAAAAGCAAACCCCAGAGGUCAGCUACCAUCUUGAAAUGAGCUUCUUUGAAGUUUAUAACGAGAAAAUUCAUGACCUUCUGGUUUGUAAAGGUGAAAAUGGUCAGAGAAAACAACCACUGAGAGUGAGGGAGCAUCCUGUUUUUGGACCAUAUGUUGAAGCUCUGUCAAUGAAUGUUGUCAAUUCUUACUCUGAUAUUCAGAGUUGGCUGGAAUUGGGAAAUAAACAAAGAGCAACUGCGGCUACUGGCAUGAAUGACAAAAGCUCCCGAUCUCAUUCGGUUUUCACCCUGGUGAUGACCCGGACCAAGACAGAAUUUGUGGAAGGGGAAGAGCAUGACCACAGAAUCAUAAGCCGUAUAAACUUAAUAGAUUUGGCUGGCAGUGAGCGCUGCUCUUCAGCCCACACGAGUGGAGAGCGACUGAAGGAAGGUGUGAGCAUUAACAAGUCCUUGCUAACUUUGGGGAAGGUCAUAUCUGCACUCUCUGAGCAAGCAAACGGAAAGAGGGUUUUCAUUCCAUAUCGGGAUUCCGUUCUUACAUGGCUAUUAAAAGAAAGCCUGGGUGGGAAUUCCAAAACAGCAAUGAUUGCUACCAUCAGUCCUGCUGCCAGCAACAUAGAGGAAACCCUGAGCACACUCAGAUACGCCACCCAAGCCCGACUGAUAGUCAAUGUCGCCAAAGUCAAUGAAGACAUGAAUGCAAAGUUAAUUAGAGAACUGAAAGCAGAAAUUGAAAAGUUAAAAGCUGCUCAGAGAAACAACAGGAAUAUUGACCCUGAACGAUACAGACUCUAUCGACAAGAGAUAAUGUCUUUAAGGAUGAAGCUGCAUCAGCAGGAGAGAGACAUGGCAGAAAUGCAAAGAGUAUGGACAGAAAAGUUUGAACAAGCUGAAAAAAGAAAACUUCAAGAGACAAAGGAGUUACAGAAAGCAGGGGUUACGUUUCAAAUGGACAACCAUUUGCCAAACCUGGUUAAUCUCAAUGAAGACCCCCAGCUGUCGGAGAUGCUGCUCUACAUGGUAAAAGAAGGAGUAACUACAGUUGGAAAAUACAAGCCAAACUCAAGCCACGACAUCCAGUUAUCUGGAGUGCUCAUAGCAGAUGAUCACUGUACUAUCAGAAAUUUUGGAGGAACAGUGAGCAUUAUCCCAGCUGGAGAAGCAAAAACAUAUGUAAAUGGGAUGCACAUUUUGGAACCCACCAUAUUACAUCAUGGUGAUCGGGUGAUUCUUGGCGGAGAUCAUUAUUUUAGAUUUAAUCAUCCAGCUGAAGUCCAGAAAGGAAAAAGGCCAUCGAGUAGAAAUACUCUUAUAAGUGAAGGUCCAAAAGACUUCGAGUUUGCCAAAAAUGAGCUGCUUACGGCACAGAGAUCACGACUUGAAGCAGAAAUAAAAGACGCCCAGUUGAAGGCAAAGGAAGAAAUGAUGCAAGGAAUUCAAAUUGCCAAAGAAAUGGCUCAACAAGAGCUUUCUUCCCAGAAAGCUGCAUAUGAAAACAGAAUCCGAGCCCUGGAAGCAGAGCUGAGGGAAGAGUCUGAAAGAAAGAAAAUGGAGGAAAUGAAUAACCAAAAAGCUAGUCACAAAAUUGAAGAGCUGGAGAAAGCAAAGCAGCAUCUUGAACAGGAAGUGUACGUGAACAGAAGGCGGCUGGAGAUGGAGACCUUGGCUACAAAGCAGGCUUUAGAAGAUCAUAGAAUCCGCCAUGCAAGGAUCCUAGAAGCUUUAGAAAUUGAAAAGCAAAAAAUCGCUAAAGAAGUACAGAAUCUUCAGGAGAAUCGGGGAAACAGGGACAAAACCUUUACAAUUCAGCCAAAUUGGAGCUCCAUGAAACUCUCCAUGAUGAUUCAGGAAGCCAAUGCCAUCAGUGACAAAUUUAAAAAAUAUUAUGUUUUUGCCAGACAUGAUACAUCAUCAGACAAAAGUCGUUCUGAUACUUCUGUUCGAGUUCGUAACCUGCAGCUUGGGAUCUCAACUUUCUGGAGUCUGGAAAAGUUUGAAUCUAAACUCGCAGCAAUGAAAGAGAUUUAUGAGAGUAACAGUGGUAACAGGAGCGAGGAUGUCUUUUCUGAUCCAGAAGAUGAGUGGGAACCUGACAUUACAAGCACACCAGUUUUUUCCCUUUCUAGAAGGAGGAGCAGAAGUUUGAUGAAGAAUAGGAGAAUUUCUGGUUGUUUGCAUGACAUACAGGUCCAUCCAACUCAGAGUCUGCGCUCUUCACAUUCAUCAGGAUUGAUGGAAAAACCAAGCACCAUUUACUCAAAUUCAUCAGAAUCAUUUCUUCCUGGAAUUUGCAAAGAGUUGAUUGGCUCAUCAAUUGAUUUUCUCGGACAGAGUUUUGAUGAAGAAAAAUCUAUAGCAGAUAGCCUGAUAACUAAUCUUCUUAAAAUUUAUAAUGGGCUGUUUGCCAUCUCCAGAGCCCAUGAAGAACAGGACGAAGAAAGUCAAGAUAACUUGUUCGCCUCUGACCGGGCAGCACAGGCCCUUACCAUCCAGAUCACUUGUGCCUUUGAGCAGCUUGUGGUCUUGUUCAAACACUGGUUGGAUGAUUUUCCACCUUGUACCAACUCAGCGAGGCUUGAAGAUGAAUUGAGACAACAUAUUAAAAAACUGGGAGGCUAUUUACAACUGUUUUUGCAGGGGUGCUAUUCGGAUAUUUCAUCGAUGGUGAAGGAGGCUCAGAACAAAGUGAUGGAGAUUAUGCAGCAGGCUGCUCAGUGCGUGGGUCAGCUAGCCAUUCUGAAAGGGAGCAAGCUCUGCCUUCUGGAAAGCAGCAGCAAGGUUUCCAGUGCCCAGGAAUUCAUGGCUGCUCUGCAGGAUGGCGCAGCCUCGGGGAUGAAGAGUCUCUUAGACUCUGGGCUGGAGCAAGUGCGGAAGCUCAGACAACGUCUCGAAAAUGAGAGUGCACAGGAGGAGGUCACCAAGCACAUGAAAGCUAACGCCGUGGAGCUGGUUAGGUCUCUUGAAAAUACCUUUGCUGAGUGGAGAACAAAAGGCUUCAGAACUCAAGUACAAGAAGGUUCUAGACAACAAGGUUCCACGAUGUCAACUCUGGCAUCGGAAUUCUUGAAGUUAAAAUGUUGUGUGGAGAAAACCGCUGAGACUAUCACAUCUGCACUGAGAGGGCGCCCCAGUGACCUGUGCUGUCUCAGAAGCUGUACUGAAACCAUCUGCAGCCUGGCUCGCAAGCUCCACAGCGACUUCAGUGCGCCCUCUGCCCCUGCUGGCAGCUGUGGAGAUAGUCUAGAGCCUCUAGCUCACUCUCUCCUCUUAGGUUUUGAAUGUGGAGAAAGACCUGGCUUGUUGAAACCCUGGGAAUCUUGUAAUCGGAAUAGCAAGGAAGAGCAGUGUAAGUCAAGCUGGCCUGACUGCAGCAGAGGCGUACCAACACGUUAUGAACCACAUGCAGACACAUUCCCAGCACUGUUGUUGGGGGAUGGCACCCCCAAAAGGAUUCAGUGGGUAUGA